ACCUGGCUUCGUGCGAGCGGCCAUGCCGUUCUCGCCGGUCUUCAUUUCGUCUUCCUUCUCUUGCCUUCGCUCUGUCUUCGAAACCCUAACCCUAGUUCUGGAAGAGGAGAAGAAACCCUAACCAUAGGAGGAGAAGCGGCGGAGAUGGCAGCCGCAGGCUUCAUGACGGGGGACGCGGUGGAGGUGAGCUCGGAAGACGACGGUUUCCGGGACGCGUGGUUCGAGGCCAAGGUGGCGCGGUACAUGCCCAAGCUCCACCGCUAUACCGUCGUCUACGAGACCAUCAUGGACGACGCCGACGAGUCCCGGCCGCUCCGGGAGACUGUCGACGGCCGCUUCGUCCGCCCCCGACCCCCCUCCCGGCCCACCGCCGGCGGCCGCUUUGCGCUCCACCAGCCCGUCGACGCCUUCUACAACGACGGGUGGUGGGUCGGGGUGGUGUCGCGGGUGGCGGAGAAGGAGCGGCAGUGGAGGUACUCCGUCGUCUUCCCGACCACCCGGGAAGAGAUUGAGUUCGCGGCGUCGGAGCUCCGGACUCAUCUCGAGUGGGUCGAUGGGAAGUGGGUCCUACCCGAAUCGGAGGAAACACCAGCAAAGGUAUAUGAGACUGGAACACAAGUAGAAGUUGCUCGUAUGAAAGGAAAUACCCCUAUUGCUUGGUUGUCUGCGGUUGUUGUCAAGGCAAUCUGGAAGAGCAAUUUCUUGGUGGAGUAUAAACACUUUAGGAAUCUUGAUGACACAGAAUUGCUGAGAGAAAUCGUUGAUGCGAAACACAUGAGGCCUUGCCCCCCCCAUGCAUCAAAGGUCAAAUUCGAUUUGCUUGAUGAGGUUGAAGCAUUCUAUGGCAAUGGAUGGUUGCCAGGGGUCGUGGCUAAGAUUCAUACAAGGUCAAAAUACAGAGUUAAGAUUGCUCACUGGGGUGAGGAAAGAGAAUUUAGUUAUGCAGAGCUAAGGCUUCGUUAUGACCUAGUUGAUGGACAAUGGGUCAAAGCUUCACAGAACAAAUCGGACAUGGAGUUGAGGGAAGGUACCAUGGUAGAAGUUUGCAGUGAUGAUGAAGGCUUUCGUGGAGCUUGGUACGCUGCAACCAUUGUCAGGUUAAUUUGGAAGAAGAAGUUCCUUGUGGAGUACCAAAACCUUAAAACAGAUGAUGAAACUAAGCCUUUGACAGAAAUUGUAGAUUUUCAGCAUAUCAGACCCAGUCCUGAAACUUCUGUGGUAGAACGGUUCAAAUUGCUUGAAGAAGUUGAUGCCUUCUACAAUGAUGGAUGGUGGGUAGGGGUGAUCUCAAAGGUUCUCAAAGGUCAGAGAUACAUGGUUUACUUCAAGCCAUGGAGUGAAGAGUUGGAAUUUGGGCACAAAGAUUUGAGGCUUCACCAUGACUGGAUUGGUGGAAGAUGGCUACGGUCUUCUGAGGCGCUGAAGUUGUAACUUUAGCAGGCUAUACCAAAGGAUGCCCCAUUUUUUGACUCCUGGAGUAAGAAAGAAAUUGCUGCACAUGAAGGAAAGUUGUAUAGGAGUUUAUUCAGUGUGAGUUACAUGUUUCAAAGAGGUUGGGGAUACAACAGUUGUGACAUGCAGGCUGUGAAGCCACAGCAGAUUGGCCAUAACCCUGGACACAAGUACAAAAUAGAUAUCAUGGAGAUUUUUGUUUUUCCAUCUAGCGGUCCUUAAGAGGGCUGGCUUUCUAUUUGCCUCCAACUUCUGCAAAAUAUGUAUGCAUAUAAUUUUAAGUUCCUCUGCGAUGAUCUCUUUUUUUUUUUUCUCUUCAUAGGAUUAACUGCAAUAGUUUCAGUAGUUGUAUGACUCUGCUUGGUAGUUUGUUCAUGGGACACUAAAAAUGCUCGUCUUGUACAGGAUGGAAAUAUCUAAACAGGUUUAAUUUGUCUCCAC